UCUUAUUUAGAUUGUAGAGAAUGGCUGAUGAUGUGGAAAUAGUGUCUGGUGAUGAAGAAGAAGAAGCUAUGGAGAACAAUGCUGACAUGGAGAUAGUAUCUGCCAGUAGUGCUACAUCCUCUACUGAUACUGUCAUCGAUGUGGUCUCCACAGGUGAACAAUGUCCAGACAUUGUGAGCAGUGUGUUGUCUGAGAAGAGGGAUAAGGACAUCCAGAAUGAUGGCCAGCAUGGUACCAGCAAUCAUACUGGUCGCGAUCUCCAACAGUGUAGUGACUGUAGCAGUUCUAGCGUUCAACAAACUCCUGAAAACCUUACCGUAGCUAAAUCUAGCUCUUCUGCUAAAUUUAGUUCGUCUCAGAAUGUUUGUGAUGGAAAUGUGUUAGACUCGUCUUCAUCUGACAACAACUUGACAAACCAAACAAAUAGGGGCUAUCUGUCAGAUAAUGAAAGUGAAAUAAUUGUUGAUGACAGUCCAUUGCCUACAGAUAACACAACUGAUAGAGUUGGAUCCUCGAGUCGUAGUUUGACUGAAGAGCAUGAUAAUCAGAUCUGUGACAAUGGAGGUGAAAUAAGUGUCCGCUAUUUAGGUCGCUCAAGGUCUGUGACACCUAGUCCAUCAUUUGUAAGGCUGGCCACCCCCAGUACACCUGGGACACCAAGGUUAAGGUCAGGAUCAGUAAGUGGAACAACUUAUGCUCCGCUAUCACCGAAACCCUCCCCGUCAGCAAGAGCGACACCUGGUGAGCGUCAGAGAGCUGGUAGUAUGGGGGAGAUAGAAAUGAGAGACAAAAUGAUUGGCCGUGAGUUCAAACACGGUAUAAGGAUAAUUGAUAAUCUAGAUAUUCUUCAAUUACCGAGACCUCGCAAUCCAGGUGGUAUUUUACCAUUAAAUGGACAUAAUCACUUCACUGGUUCAAAUGAAGCUUUAAAUUUAACUAUAGAAGAUAGGCAGCAAAGAAGACAUACUGCAGGAAACAUUCAGUCAGUUUCGAGCUCGUUUUCACCUAUCAUGCCAUCAGAUAUUAUCUCGACAUCAGCAUCAAAGCGAGCCAACACAAGUUAUCUUAUAAGUAACAUCAUCAGAACAACACCAAAUAGACAGAGAAUUUCUAAUAAUGCUACAUCAUCGUUUGCGACAUUGACAAGACGAGGUCAUGGUUGUGCCAUCAAUGAAUCUGUAGAAAGACCAUUACCUAGUAGCAUUGUAGACAGUGAGGGAGUGGCUAAGAAGAUUGCCAGGCUUGAUAGUGAAGGGUUUAUGUGCUCAAAUACAAGGGAGAGUUUAUGGAACACCUCAGGUAACUCAGAGGCUAGUAACGAUCAUUUGAGUCGAGUGCGGGUGAUAUCAGACAAGACACCUCCAGAGCGGCCCAAACCACCACGUAGGACAGUUCUCUCACCAGCGGACAAUGGAAGUAUAGACAUGACACAUGACAGAUCUUUUGUGUCUUCUAGUGUGAGAAGGAGACUCAGUCCAACACAAUUACAUCAGUCAGUGCACAGAAAUAACACUCCACCUGGUGGUCAUGGCAAUGGUGGUAUCUAUCCAUCAUCACCAGACUCGGAGAUUUGUCAGUUGCCCCACAACUACAAGUGUAGACUGUGCAACUACUCCUCCAGUAGUUAUAACCAGUUCCAGUUACACUCAGCAAAACAUGGUGGAAAUGGGAAGACAUUUCGUUGCUCAUUAUGUGACUACACUACACACGAUAAAUCCAACUUUAGACGUCAUCGGAGACUUCAUCAUAAAACAUCACCUGUUAACGUACUGAAAUGUGUUAAGUGUGCAUAUGUUACAUCAAUUUCUCGUAAACUACGCGAUCACUACCAGCAGGCUCACCCGGAUAUGCCGGAUUUAGCGCAGUCUUCGGUUAUUCCAGGCAUAUCUAGAAAUGUUGUGUCCCCUCAACGUUAUAUCGGAUCUCAUGGAUAUCAGCCAGAGAGUACAGAUACAAACAAUUACACAGGACAUAUAUUUGAUAAUUCGUUAUUAGUCAAUAGAUCAAACAGGGUUGGUUUCCCGUAUUCUGUUACUGGGAGACAACCUGCGAUGAAUUUUCCUCUUGACCAGUAUGGUGUCCCUUACGGAAAUUACAGAGAUCGGCAUGGAGAGAAUCUCGCUUCAAAUUAUUUACGAUCAAUUGUAUCAUCCAUAAUGAAUUCAGAAUCAUCGCGACAGGCAGCAACUAGCACCGUGACAUCAUCAAAUUAUUAUAUACCACCCGGUUUAGACAAUAGUCAUCCCAUACAAGACGUACACACUUGUAAUAACCAUGGUUCAUGCCCACACUCUAAUUGUAAUGACUUUCAUCAAGAUGUAAAGGUUAAGAUAGAGGCGGACCUAGAUAAUGCCUGCAGUAUAUCGAGCUCGGCUCACUCCCGAGGUUUAACAAUGCCAGAUAUUACUAGAAACUUGACAGACAAUCAUACCCAUAAUCCAUCUGAUGCUGUUAAUCCAGGUAUUAAUUUGUUAGCUAAUGGGUCAGCUGGAACAUUGCAUUUACCAAUAGGUCGCAGUCAUAAUGAAGACACUUUAUUGUCAGGGAAUCCGCACAACGAUAUUCCCACAGAUCUCACUAGUCCUCGUAAAAUAUGCGGUAAUUCUGACCACGCUGCCUCAUCAGGAACUGUUACUCAUGUCAAUAUUGAACUUGAAAAUGGCAAUGAAUUAAACCAAGAUACAAGCAUGUUAUCGCCCCUCCCAGCAAACACUAUCAUUAAAUCAGACCAUACAACUAGAGGAUUUCAGUGUGUUUUACCUAUCGUAAAAUCUGAAAUUGACCUAGAUGGAGAUUAUUAUGAUUUCUGUGGGCGGCCUCGUUUUCGGGGCAUAGAUCGGGCUGUGCAAUGUAUUAUGAGCAAUUCAACAACAUCUACCACAAAUUCACGAUCUCAGUGUCAGAGUUCAAGGACAACUUUCCGAUCUCAGUCGGUUAGCGAAUCAGAUGCUAGCGAACAUCAUAGUUCGGUCUGUGGCGAGUCAAGAUGUGAAUAUUGUGGAAUUAAUUUUGACGAUGAAGUUCUGUUCUCAAUUCACAUCGGCUGUCAUAGUCAUACGGAUCCGUUCAAAUGUAACGUUUGCGGGAAACAGUGCG